UGACGUCACUAAUUCAGAGUGUGUUUACUAUCGGAGGCUAAGCGCCAGAUGGAGGAGUGAAAUACUUUAAUACAUUUAUUUAGCAAAAGAAAGGAGCUUGGAGUAAAUGCAGAUGGGGGACUCCUCUGCAGCGCCGGGAACGUCGCUGAAUUCUGGCGGGCGUGGAGCUAAAGCGGCAUCCAGCCCCGCAGAGAACUACCAGCUGGCCCGGCGGCGCACCCUGCAGGUUGUGGUCAGCGCCCUGCUGACUGAGAGCGGCUUCGAGAGCGCGGAGAAGGCCGCCGUGGAGACGCUCACAGAGAUGAUGCAGAGCUACAUUACAGAAAUGGGUCGAUGUGCUAAAACCUACUGUGAACACACUGCGAGGAGCGUCCCGACGCUCUCUGACACUGUGGUGACUCUCAUCGAGAUGGGUUUCAAUGUUGACACCCUGCCUGUGUACGCCAAGCGGUCUCAGAGGAUGGUCAUUACGGCGCCUCCGGUUACCAAUGCUCCCGUUACGCCCAAGUCUCUGUCUGCCGGACAGAAACGGACUCAUCCGUCUCACAUUCCCUGCCACUUCCCAGAGUUCCCCGAUCCUCACACCUACAUCAAAACGCCUACGUUCAGGGAGCCCGUCUCAGACUACCAGGUGGUGAGAGAAAAGGCAGCCACCCAGAGGAGAGACGUGGAACGAGCCCUGACGCGUUUCAUGGCCAAAACCGGAGAAACUCAAAGCCUCUUCAAAGACGACGUCUCUGCGUUUCCAUUGAUCGCUGCGCGGCCCAGUGCCAUCCCGUACCUUAGCGCCCUCCUUCCCUCAGAGCUGGAACUGCAGAGUCUGGAGGAGACGGACUCCUCGGAGCAGGACGACCAGACGGACAGCGAGAACGCAGCCGGGAACGUUAUCAAUGACGAUCCGAGCGCCGAUAAAGAAAACUCCGUGCUUCCUCCCAGCGGAGUCGUUCCAUCAGCGAAGGUCAGCGAAGACAACGUGAUCGACAACCCGUACCUGCGGCCCGUCAAGAAACCCAAAGUGAGGAGGAAGAAGUGAGAGGACUCUAACGGACUCUGGUUUGGGGUUAAAAGCUGCUGUGGCGUCAGCAGCUGACGGACAUCUGCUGAAGAAAAAACUUUUCUGUUUGGUUUUUCUGACAGAACUCACUUUGUACGGAACUUUGUAAGCGACUUCGCUGCGGGGUUUACUGCAGCCUGCACCCUUUUUGUACAUAUGACACAAAAAAAAAGAUUAUUAUUAUUU